GUAGCUGGGAUAUCUCAAAGGAUCGAUUCAAGACUGGUCGAAAAAAUUCAUGAGUUGGUAGAAGAUGGCAUUCGACGAGUGAAUGAGGCUAAACGUCACCUUAGAGUUCUCGUCAGAGAUAGCUUAUUUGUUGGAUCUUCAAUGCCUCCUAAAUCAAACAAACGAUUUUUUCCAAGUGCGAAAACGAUAAGAAAUCACAUGAACCUAGCAAUAAUAAAACAGCAACAUUUUGCUCUAAGAGAGUCAUUGGAAAAUACUUUUGAACCGCAUCAUAUUGAAGAAUAA